GGCACAGCGGAAGAAGAGGCUCCGCCGCAGAGAGAAGGAUGCAGAGCACCACUAACUACCUGUGGCUGAUCUCCGACCUGCUCGGUCAGGGGGCGACGGCCAACGUUUACCGUGGACGACACAAGAAAACAGGUGACCUUUACGCCGUCAAGGUGUUCAACAACCUGAGCUUCCUGCGGCCGCUGGACGUCCAGAUGAGAGAGUUCGAGGUUCUGAAGAAGCUCAACCACAAGAACAUCGUCAAGCUGUUCGCUGUGGAGGAGGAGUCCAACACCCGUCAUAAGGUCCUGGUGAUGGAGUACUGUCCCUGCGGGAGUCUCUACACGGUUCUGGAGGAGUCGUCCAACGCCUACGGACUCCCAGAGGACGAGUUCCUCAUCGUUCUUCAUGACGUCGUGGCAGGUAUGAACCACCUGAGAGAGUACGGCAUCGUCCACCGAGACAUCAAACCAGGAAACAUCAUGAGAGUGAUCGGAGAGGACGGACGCUCCGUCUACAAGCUGACCGACUUCGGAGCCGCCAGAGAGCUGGAGGACGACGAGCAGUUCGUGUCCCUGUACGGCACCGAGGAGUACCUGCACCCCGACAUGUACGAGCGCGCCGUGCUGAGGAAGGACCACCAGAAGAAGUACGGCGCCACCGUGGACCUGUGGAGCAUCGGGGUCACCUUCUACCACGCCGCCACCGGCAGCCUCCCCUUCAGGCCGUUCGAGGGGCCGCGCAGGAACAAGGAAGUCAUGUAUAAGAUUAUCACAGAGAAACCUUCAGGGACCAUUUCAGGACACCAGAAGUGUGAGAACGGGAAGAUCGAGUGGAGCACCGAGAUGCCGGUUUCCUGCAGUCUGUCCAAGGGUCUGCAGAGCCUCCUGACUCCCGUCCUCGCCAACAUCCUGGAGGCCGAUCAGGAGAAAUGUUGGGGCUUCGAUCAGUUCUUCGCAGAGACCAACGACAUCCUGCACCGGACGGUGGUUUAUGUCUUCAGCCUGCAGCAGGCCACGCUGCACCACGUCUACAUCCACGAGUACAACACGGCGGCGCUGUUCCAGGAGCUGCUCUGCCGCCGGACCAGCAUCCCUCUGCACAACCAGGAGCUGUUGUACGAAGGCCGCCGCCUCGUCCUCGACCCCAACCGCCAGGCCAAGACCUUCCCCAAGACGUCCAGAGACAACCCCAUCAUGCUGGUCAGCCGCGAGUCCGUCGCCACCGUCGGCCUCAUCUUCGAAGAUCCCAGUCCUCCCAAGGUUCAGCCUCGCUACGACCUGGACCUGGACGCCAGCUACGCCAAGACUUUUGCAGGUGACGUCGGACAUUUAUGGAAAACCUCCGAGUCUCUGCUGGUUUACCAGGAGCUGGUGCGAAAAGGAGUUCGAGGUUUGAUUGAGCUGAUGAAGGAGGACUACAGCGAGAUCCUGCACAAGAAGUCGGAGGUGUUCCAUCUGUGCAACUACUGCACACAGAUGCUGGAGAAAACGGAGCAGCUGUUCGAGGUGUUGAUGCAGGCCAACAUGCUGUCUUCAGAAUACGACGAGAUCUCAGACAUGCACAAGAAAGUCCUCAGAAUGGAGGGCGUGGUCAAAGAGCUGGCCGAGAACAACCACUUCCUGGAGAGGUUCGGGACUCUGACGCUGGACGGAGGCCUGAGAGGCUGAAGCUGGUGUUCAGACUGGCUGCUGUUUCCUCCUGAAGCCGCCGGCAGCUUGUACAUAUUCUGUGUUAUUCACUCUGUAAAUAACGUCGACUGUAAGAAGCUUUUGUACGGACGGAUUCUGCUUCGCUCGGCCACCGCAGCACAAAACGCCUGCAAGUGUUUUCAGCCAGAGUCAGUGGAACAACCGCUGCUUCAGAACGUCUUUAAUUUACCUCCAAGACACAAAACACACCUUCAUCUCAACCACAAACCCCUUAACUCCUCCCUUAAGCUGCUUUAUAGAGGUGUGACAAAUCCACUAAUGGAAAGUUUAAGGGUUUAUUAGGUUGGGUUGGACUAAUUAAUGAUUAAAGUUUAAGGGAUUCUUGUUAAGUUUUAAUCAGAUUUGAGACAAAUUCACGUCCACAUUGUUGGAUUACAACAUGUUGAGGGGCUUUAAUGGCUUUUAAGGGGUUUAAAACUGCUCACAGUGUCAGAGACAGUCCAGGUGUCUGUUAGACGUCCUCAGUUUAAGUUAUUUUUGUUUAAUAAGAGCAUGGAGGGGUUUUAAUGUGACAAAAGGUGUUUAAAGGGUUGAACUGCUUUAAAACUGGCCAAAGACUUUGCAAAAUGUAAAUUACAGCAUGUUGUGAUAUGAUUACGUCAUUUUUAAAGGUUUUCUGCUCUUUUAAGUCCUUUUACACCCUGAAGGUUUAAAAAGCCUUAACGAAGUAAAUCAUCCAUUAAGUCAGAAAACUCCACACAUUUGGGCUAAAGUAUGAGUUAGCUAUCCUGUCUUGUACGUUAUCCAUUGUUAUAUAUUCAAUAAUAUCUUCAAGUAUAUGACAGCUGGUUGUUUUUAGAUGAACAUAUUUAAAACCAAAGUCUCUCAUCGGUGCUGCGUCACUUCACUGUAGGACUUCAUACCUUUUAUUAUUAUUGUUGGUUCCGUUUAUCAACUCAUUAAACAGAUGAAAAGAUUUCUGGUUGCUGAUUCAGAUGAAGGUGUUUGAUGAGUUUUGGGGAAAAUUAAGAUUUAUCAGUUUAAUUUAAGGGUUUUUUAAAGAAGACGACCUUUCGUGGUAUGUUCCAUAUCAGUGGGCGUUCAAUGUGUUUCUCUGCCUGAUUGAGGAUAAAAAAGGUUCAGACUCCUUAAAAUGACAAAAUAGUUUCGCUUUAAUAACCAAAUAACUUCACAUUUGGUGUAUUUUAAGGGAUUUUUUUACCCUUAAAAAGCCCUUAAACUGUUGAGAACAACACAGUCCAUUUCUGAACCCUUCGGUGUCGUCACAGCUCCUGAUGAAGUGGAACCCGCUGGUGUCGUUUAACGAGUUUCUGUUGAACCGUGCUGAUUCUAUUUGAUGUUUAUUUAUAUUGUUUAAGGCCGAUCAAUAGCUGGUAUCAGUUUGUUAUACCUCCAUCUCUGAAGAUGUUCCGCUUCUGUUUAGUUCAUGUUGGCUUCUGUCACUAACCUGCAUUGAACAACCUGUAAAUACAGAAAUAAAUCAAAGUGUGAUCAGA